UUCAACAUCCUCUGUCCUCGGAGCAUGAUGACCGAGUAUAUAAAGAGACCUGGACGUGGUUCAGCUUCAUUCACGGUCGUUCCGUUCUCCAAGCCAGUGACUCGGGUUCUCCAAACCGUAAAUAUGUGGUAUUUGAUUUUAUUACUGAGUUUGUCGGUGGUUACAUGCGACCCGUUCAAAACAGUAUUCUCAUGGAAACAAGUAGACUACAAUUUUCCAAAUGAAACGACGCGUAAUGCUUACAAAACCUCUGGAGAUUAUAUCAAAGAACAUGUCGUCCCACUGGGAUUAAAUGUAUGGGGUGACAAGCUUUUUAUCACAGUACCGAGAUGGAAGAAAGGAGUACCAGCUAAUUUGAAUUACGUCAGCUUGAAUAAUGCAGACAAUAAAUCACCGUUGCUCAAUCCUUAUCCUGAUUGGGAGUCUAAUGACAUCCAUUCACCAGAUGCACUGGUAAAUAUUCUCAGGGUCAGAAUUGAUGCUUGUGAUAGAUUAUGGGCCGUUGAUAGUGGAAUCGACGAUAUUCUCGGUGAAUUUAAUGCUGUCCAGCCCAAAAAACUUAUCGCCAUCGACUUGAAAACCAAUAAGAUCAUUUUGCGAUACACGUUCAAAGACUCUGACCUAAAACCCAACACAUUUUUUGCUGACACCGUUAUCGACGUUGAUCCCAAAAACUGCAGCGACGCGUAUGUUUACAAUUCUGACUUGGGAGGCUACGGGCUUGUUGUCUACAGCAUGGCCAAAAAUGAUUCUUGGAGAAUAAAUCACAACUACUUUUACUUUGAUCCUCUCAAUGGUGAAUACAAUGUCAGUGGUAUUCAUUUUCAAUGGACCGACGGUAUGUUUGGUAUGGCCUUGAGUCCGCCAAAAGAAGAUGGCUCAAAAACACUCUACUUCCAUCCAAUGUCUGGAAUUCACGAGUUCGCGGUGUCGACAAGCCUUAUCAAGAAUCAAACUGCCCUGGCUGAUCCAAAAUACUGGACCCAGUUCCACGUUGUAGGUAACAAAGGUCCACUCACUCAAGGAACUUCUUCAAUGUACGACUUGGAAACUGGAAUUAUUUACUUCACCCAAUUGAACAAAAAUGCUGUGGCUUGCUGGGAUACUAAAAUGGACUUAAAUCCUGAUAAUUUCAGAAUUGUAGCACAGGAUAACGAGAAAUUGGUUUUCCCGAAUGACAUAAUAAUUGAACCGAAAACACGGAAAUUCUAUUGCCUGUCCGAUAAUUUGCCCGUGCUUCAAUACAGCGAGUACGACGUAAAUCAAACUAAUUUCUACAUUCAUGUCGCUUCGCUUGAUGAUUUGACAACCGCCUGCAGGGCCAAAGCUGAAUAA